GGGGAUAUCAUUUGCGCGUCCCUCUCCGGUUGCUGCAGAGAGAGGCUGCCGACACACGUCUGCAGGCAAGUGGUCAGGUCGCUGCAUUCGCUAAGGAAUCGAAUCACCCCCACCCCACACCCCGCAAAAAAAAAAAAGUCACAAGGGAUUUACAUCUAUUUUGCUGCUUUUCCUACCACUCCUGUCAUUCUUUUUUUUGGAGUGGAUCUGCGUCGCACCGGGAAGCAACUAAGUGACUUGCAGGAUGAGAACAGCCUGAGCAAGGUGGCUUGUUUUUUUUUUUUUGUUUUUUUUUUGUGUGUGUGUAUUUUUUCCCCUCCCGCCACACUUUUCAGUGACUCGAGUGGACAUUUCGCAGCGCAGAGGAAUACCGCCCACAAAAGAGAAGAGAUCCCGCGCAGAAAAACGUGAGUGACAAUGAGAACAGCACGCGCUUCGUGUUGCCCCGACUGGCGCCUUUUACGCGCGUGAAAAUUCACUGGUGCACCGAGCCUUUUUUUUUUUUUUUUUUUUUUUUAAGCACCGCUGAGGCGUCAUUGAAAUUCAUAGAGAAGGAGAGAGGGGAAAAAACUUGCUGCCUUCCACUGCAGUAGGGGUGAUGUAGAAGAAGUAUCGUUCUAUUCUCACAUCCAGACGAUCACAGUGUUUUGUUUUUUUUUUUUUUUGUGGUGGACACUUUGACAAGGGAGCAAUGAGGACUACUGGUGCAGUGGACUAUUUAUACUACUGCAUGCUUAUCCUGCAGUUUGUGCAUCAGCCUGCCGCCAAGCAGGUGCUCCGGUACCGCCUCGCCGAGGAGGGACCGCCGGACGUGCGGGUGGGCAACGUGGCCGCCGACCUGGGCAUCGUGGCGGGCUCCGGCGAGGUGACGUUCACGCUCGAGUCCGGCUCGGAUUUUUUCAAGAUCGACAACAUCACGGGCGAGCUCACCACCAACGAGAGACGGAUCGACCGCGAGAAAUUACAACAGUGCCAGAUGAUAUUCGACGAGAACGAGUGCUUCAUCGAUUUCGAGGUGUCCGUCAUCGGACCGGCCCAGAGUUGGGUUGACCUCUUUGAGGGAAAGGUCAUCAUCUCCGAUAUCAACGACAACACUCCAUCUUUCCCCUCGCCUGUGCUGACGCUGUCCGUGGAGGAAAACAGACCCAUCGGAACCCUCUAUCUGCUGCCCACCGCCACGGACCGAGAUUUCGGCCGCAACGGGAUCGAGAGGUACGAGCUCAUCCAGGACGGCGGCGAGAACUCCCGGCGCUCGGGAGACGCGUACUCGGGCAAGAGGAGAUUUGAGGAGGGCGCGAGCAGGAGCAGCGUUUUCGAGCUGCAAGUGGCCGACACCACCGACGGCGAGAAGCAGCCCCAGCUUAUCAUUAAAGGGGCGCUCGAUAGGGAGCAGAGAGACUCCUAUGAGCUCACGCUGCGCGUGAGGGACGGCGGCGAUCCCCCGCGUUCCUCCCAGGCCAUCCUGAGGGUGAUGAUCACCGACGUGAACGACAACAGCCCUCGCUUCGAGAAGAGCGUGUACGAGGCCGACUUGCUGGAGAACAGCUCCCCCGGCGCCCCCAUCCUGCAGCUCAAAGCGGCCGACGCGGACGUGGGGGUCAACGGUCAGAUCGAGUACGUGUUCGGGGCGGCCACGGAGUCCGUGCGGAGGCUGCUGCGGCUGGACGAGAGCACGGGGUGGCUGAGCGUGCUGCACCGCAUCGACCGCGAAGAAGUCAGCCAGCUGAGGUUCACGGUGAUGGCCCGCGAUCGAGGUCAGCCGCCCAAAGUGGACAAGGCCACCGUGGUGUUGAACAUCAAGGACGAGAACGACAACGUCCCCGCCAUCGAGAUACGGAAAAUCGGACGCAUUUUCCUGAAGGACGGCGUCGCCAACGUGGCCGAGGACGUGGUGGUGGACACGCCCAUCGCCCUGGUGCAGGUGUCAGAUCGCGACCAGGGCGAGAACGGCAUGGUGACCUGCACGGUGGUGGGCGACGUGCCCUUCCAGCUCAAGCCGGCCAGCGAGAUGGAGGGCGAGCAGAACAAAAAGAAAUACUUCCUCCACACGUCGGCGCCGCUGGACUACGAAGCCACGCAGGAGUACAACGUGGUCAUCGUGGCGGUGGACUCCGGCAGCCCCAGCCUGGCGAGUAACAACUCGCUUCUCGUCAAAGUGGGCGACACCAACGACAACGCGCCCGUCUUUAACCUCAACGUCGCGGAGGUGUCGUUCUCGGAAAACAACGCCCCCGGCGAGAGGGUGAUGACGGUGGCCGCCAGCGACGCGGACAGCGGGAAGAACGCCGAAAUCAGCUACUCCCUCGACCCGUCCGUCAACGGGAUCUUCUCCGUCGACGCGGACAGCGGCGACGUCCGAGUCAACGCCAUCCUGGACCGGGAGCAAACGGAGCGCUACGAAUUUAAAGUGCUGGCCAAAGACAAAGGCGUCAACACCUUGCAGGGCUCCGCCACAGUCGUCGUCCUGGUGGCGGACAAAAACGACAACGAGCCAAAGUUCAUGCAAGACGUCUUCACCUUCUACGUCAAAGAGAACCUGGAGCCCAACAGCCCCGUUGGCAUGGUGACGGUCAUCGAUGCCGACAAAGGGCAAAACGCCGAAAUGAGUCUCUUUAUCGAGGAGGAGGAAGAGAUCUUUUCAAUCGAGAACGACACGGGCACCAUUUUCUCCACGCUGUCGUUUGACAGAGAGCAGAAAACCACGUACACCUUCCGCGUGAAGGCGGUGGACGGGGGCGACCCGCCUCGGUCGGCCACCGCCACCGUCUCGCUGUUCGUCAUGGACGACAACGACAACGCGCCCGGCGUCACCUUCCCCAUCAACAGCUCCUACACCCUCCUGCCCCCCUCCAGCAACAUCCGAACCGUGGUGAGGACCGUCAUCGCCACCGACACCGACACGGGCGUCAACGCCGACCUCAACUACAGUCUGGUCGGCGGGAACCCCUUCAGGCUUUUCGAGAUCGACGGGGCCACCGGUGUGAUUUCGCUGGUGGCGAAGCUGGAGCAGAAGCACUACGGACUGCACCGGCUGGUGGUGCGGGUCAACGACAGCGGGCAGCCCUCCCAGAGCACCACCACGCUGGUCCACGUCUACGUCAACGAGACCAUCUCCAAUUCCAGCGUGGUGGAGGCGCAGGUGGCCAAGAGCCUGAGCACGUCCCUCAACACCAACAUCGCCGGCGACCCCGACUACGACUUGAGCAAGCAGCGGCUGAGCAUCGUCAUCGGCGUGGUCUCGGGAAUCAUGACGGUCAUCCUCAUCAUCCUGGUGGUGGUCAUGGCCCGCUACUGCCGCCCCAAGAACAAGAACGGCUACGAGGCCGGCAAGAAGGACCACGAAGACUUCUUCACGCCGCAGCAACACGACAAGUCCAAGAAGCCCAAGAAAGACAAGCGCAAGCAGAAGUCCAAGCAGCCCCUCUACAGCAGCAUCGUCACCGUGGAGGCCUCCAAACCCAACGGCCAGCGCUACGACGGCGUCAACGAGAAGCUGUCCGACAGCCCCGGCAUGGGCCGCUACCGAUCGGUCAACGGAGGCCCCGGCAGCCCGGAUCUGGCCCGCCACUACAAGUCCAGCUCGCCGCUGCCCACCGUCCAGCUCCACCCGCAGUCGCCCACGGCCGGCAAAAAGCACCAGGCGGUCCAGGACCUGCCCCCGGCCAACACCUUCGUCGGCACCGGGGAUAACAUUUCGCUGGGAUCGGACCACUGCUCCGACUACAGCGGUCAGACCAUCAACAAGUACAACAAGCAGCCGUUUCGCCGAGUGACCUUCUCGGUGGUGAGCCAGCCCCAGGACCCUCACCAGCAGGGAUCGCUGCAGAGCUGCUACGACAGCGGCCUGGACGAGUCCGAGACGCCCAGCAGCAAGAGUUCGUCGGGGCCCCGACUGGGCGCCCUGCCCCUGCCCGAGGACAGCUACGAGAGGACCACGCCGGAUGGCAGUGUCGGUGAGGCAGAGCACAUGGAAAAUGGAGAAAAAGAGCAUUAAAAGUAAGCCACGCCACCAACUGUUUUGUUUUGGGCAGAGGCAUGCUUGGCUUGCUUUGCACUCCCCGUCGCUGCUUGAGUUUGAGUUCCCCAUGCAUCCUUUCAUGACCAAAUGACAUCAACAUCACGAACGAAAAAAACAAAAAAAAAACAAAAACAAAACAUCCAUCGAUAUGACGUGUCCGCUCGGGCGGCGAUGCAUCACAUCCGACUCCCUUCGGCGUACGUCCGGUACAAGAGCUAAUCUCGAGGCCGUCGCUUAAGGCGGGUAAUUGGUUCAAACCCUAAUCAGCGGAUUAAAGAGAAUACCGGGCCCGCUUGAGCCGCACAAAUCUGUCCAGUGACUUCGAUCAAGCGGCGAUCGCCAGCUGUCAAUCACCAGAUAAGGAGGAGGGCCCUACGCUCUCCGAAAACACCCUCGCGCGCUCAAGCACGACGAAGCAGACAUCAGCAAAACUCCAACGCAAGUCUUCAGUCGUUCAUUUUACAACCUCAAUCCCCC